AUGCCGAAGCGAAAAGCAAAAGAAGUUGUCAGACUCACUGAAGAAGAAAACAAGGACAAAGAGAUUCGGAGAGAAGAGAAGAAACAUGAAGAAGAAGAUACCAAUCUUGAAAGACGUAUUGAUGCGAUUAAGGCAAUCCGUGAUAUUGAGAUUGAACAGAGCUUAACUGCACAGAGGUUACUCUGCUCAACGUUCUCUGAGGAACAGUUAGAGACACCUGUGUUGGACUUCUUCAAAGAGAACCUUCCUGAUGUCUCUAUCGAAGUCGAAGAUAAUGGGGAGAUUGAGUUCAAGUGGAAUCACAAUACUGGUGAUUCAUCUCUUGGUGGCUACCCUUUAAAAUGGAUCUUUUUUGGAGUGUUUUAG